GAAUGACACAAAUGACUACUUCCGGUUAAUGAACUACCACUUCCGACUUGUGUCUCAUAAUCUUUGGACGACGAGCAGCAGGAUGCUGUCCCUGUCUCGAGCUGUCGUGAGCGGGGUGGCGCGCGCCCCGGCGGCUCUCAGUCAAGGCGUAGUGACGGGCAUUGUGCGAUUCAACAGCACAGCACAGAGUCCUCCUAAGAAAACAACAUAUGGCCCUCUGGCGGAUGAGGAUAGAAUUUUCACCAACCUGUACGGCCGUCAUGACUGGGGGUUAAAUGGUGCCCUGAAGCGUGGCGACUGGUACAAGACUAAAGAGAUCCUCCUGAAGGGAGUGGACUGGAUCCUCAAUGAGAUCAAAGUGUCGGGUCUGCGUGGGAGAGGUGGAGCCGGUUUCCCCACUGGCAUGAAGUGGAGCUUCAUGAACAAGCCCAGCGACGGCAGGCCAAAGUAUCUGGUGGUGAACGCAGACGAGGGCGAGCCCGGCACGUGCAAGGACAGGGAGAUCAUGAGGAAUGACCCCCACAAGCUGGUGGAGGGCUGCCUGGUCGCCGGGAGCGCCAUGGGGGCUCGCGCCGCCUACAUUUACAUCCGUGGGGAGUUCUACAACGAGUCGUCCAACCUGCAGGUGGCCAUCAAUGAGGCCUACGCCGCGGGGCUCAUUGGUAAGAACGCCUGUGGUUCGGGCUACGACUUCGAUGUCUUUGUGAUGCGCGGCGCCGGAGCCUACAUAUGCGGCGAGGAGACCGCUCUCAUCGAAUCGCUGGAGGGCAAGCAGGGGAAGCCCCGCCUUAAGCCCCCAUUCCCUGCAGAUGUUGGUGUCUUCGGUUGUCCAACAACUGUGGCCAACGUGGAGACCGUGGCCGUGGCGCCCACCAUCUGCCGCCGUGGAGGCUUGUGGUUUCUCGGUUUCGGACGAGAAAGAAACUCUGGCACCAAACUUUUUAACAUCUCUGGCCAUGUCAACCACCCCUGCACCGUGGAAGAAGAGAUGUCCAUCCCCCUGAAAGAUCUUAUCGAGCGACACGCAGGUGGCGUCCGCGGCGGUUGGGACAACCUCCUCGCCGUCAUCCCUGGCGGUUCCUCGACACCCCUCAUUCCCAAGAAGGUGUGCGAAGAGGUGCUGAUGGACUUUGACGGCCUCGUCCAGGCUCAGACUGGCUUGGGCACGGCAGCGCUGAUCGUCAUGGACAAAUCCACUGACAUCAUCAGAGCCAUCGCACGUCUGAUUGAGUUCUACAAGCAUGAGAGUUGUGGCCAGUGCACGCCCUGCAGAGAAGGGGUGGACUGGAUGAACAAUAUGAUGUGGCGUUUUGUGCGCGGUGAUGCACGUGCAGCGGAGAUCGACAUGAUCUGGGAGAUCAGUAAGCAGAUCGAAGGACACACGAUCUGCGCCCUGGGAGACGGCGCUGCAUGGCCCGUGCAGGGAUUGAUCAGGCACUUCAGGCCCGUAAUGGAAAACCGAAUUACUGAAUUCAAGCAGCAGCAGCAGGCGAGCGUUUAAAAGGCUGUUUCAUCGUCCUCUGCUUCAUCACUACUUGAACCUCAUGCUUGUUUCAGUGACACAAUAUUUAAAAAGAAAUAAUGUGCAUCUUUUUUGUCUCCUUACCUUGUGUGAUAUGAAAAUAUUAAUAAAAUUGUAUUGA